AGGAGAGUUGCUGCCGACUUGGACUGUUCAAAAACUCCAGUUUUCUUCAAUUAUUUCAAUGACGACGAAACUUUGUGCGAUUUAGCCGGAAAGAGUCGGUAGAUCAGAGAAAGAGAGAGAAUGGGGGUGAACCAGCAGAGAUGUGGACCGAGAGUGGUAAAGGCGGUGCUUUUGGUCAUGGGAGUGUGCUUGGUGGGAUAUAUUCUUGGUCCGCCAUUGUAUUGGCACCUCAAGGAAGGCUUAGCAGCAGUCCGCCGUUCUUCUUCUUCCUACUACUCGUGUCCUCCUUGUACCUGUGACUGCAAUUCUCUACCCCUUCUCUCCAUCCCUCGAGGAUUAAGUAAUGCUUCCUUUUCAGAUUGUGGAAAGCAUGAUCCCGAGGUGGGCGAAGACACAGAGAAGAACUUCGCAGAGCUCUUGUCUGAGGAAUUAAAGUCGCGAGAAGCUGAAGCCUCUGAAAACCAGCACAAAGCCGACAUUGCAUUGUUAGAGGCAAAGAGGAUGACAUCUCAGUAUAUGAAAGAAGCAGAUAAGUGCAAUUCUGGGAUGGAGACUUGCGAGGAGGCCAGAGAAAAGGCCGAUGUCACCCUACUGGCACAGAAGAAGGUGACUGCAAUGUGGGAGUCGAGGGCACGCCAGAUGGGGUGGAAGGACAAGACUUCCAAGUCUCAAUGAAGCCCAUUAAGCAUAAUAUUUUGUUCUUAAUGGUUUCUUGUCAAACCACAGAUUUCGUGAGCUAUUUCUCUGCAAUCACCGCCCACCUCUAGUUAUACAGUGAACGACAUGACAUUUGAGGGUAAGUGUCCGCUUCUAAUAUACUCCCUCCUUCCCUCAAUACUUUGCCAUGUUUGACCGGCACGGGAAAUAAUAAAGUAAAAACUGUGUGGUUG